AUGGCGCUUCACACUGUCUCGGGCAUCAAGCUCCCACCCUUCUCCCUCCCGCUUCCCCACCGCCACCUGGGCGCCAGCCCCAGCGGCGGCGGCAUCAGCAGCGGCCUCUACGCGAGCAGCGCAUUCCCGCGACGCCGAUGCGGCACGCUCGCCGCCGUCGUGCGCUGCGCGAGGCGCACGGGCAAGCGGCGGUACCCGUCGGAGAAGAAGCGCCUGGAUCGGCGCCACAAGGAGCAGCUCCGCCAGACCGCCCCCGAGGAGGGCGGCGUGGCCCGGGAGGCUGGCUUCUGGCGCCUCUCCAAGCUCGCCGUCCCCGCCAGCGACGACCCCGGCAAGGACUUCCUCGGCGUCUCCCCGCCGCUCCUCCAGGCCAUUGCCAAGGCCCUCAAGUUCCCGAUUUUGAAAGAACCUCAAUUUGUUUAUACUGUUGAUGUGGAUGCUAAGAAGCUUCUGGACAUGGAGCCAAGGACAUGGGAUUUUAUUGCUAGAUUGGAACCCAGGCUUGGAAUUGUAGAAUAUAUGUCCGAUGAGAGGGUAGCAACUGAUCUGAUCAGUAUGCUUAAUGUUCAUAACAAAGUCUCCGAUGAUGAACAUGGUACCAGGGAUACUGUUAAUAAUGGCUCGAUCAGUCCUACACGAAUGAAACCAAGGGUGGCAAUUGUAGGAAGUGGCCCAUCUGGGUUGUUUGCUGCCCUUGUGUUAGCUGAACUUGGAGCAGAAGUUACCUUAUUGGAGCGUGGCCAACCUGUUGAGCAAAGAGGGCGUGACAUUGGUGCACUAGCAGUUAGACGAAUUCUCCAAUCAGAAAGCAACUUUUGCUUUGGCGAGGGUGGUGCAGGUACAUGGAGUGACGGGAAGCUUGUGACCAGGAUAGGGAAAAACACUGAUGGUGUUCAGGCUGUGAUGAAAACAUUUGUCCAUUUUGGAGGCCCUCCAAACAUUCUCAUUGAUGGGAGACCUCAUUUGGGUACAGAUAAACUUGUUCCUCUGUUGCGGAAUUUCAGACACCACUUAAGAGAGUUGGGCGUUGCCAUAAGAUUUAAUACCAGAGUAGAUGACCUUAUAGUGGAAGGCGGGCAGGUCAAAGGAGUUGUGGUUUCUGAUUCAAAUCUACAGCCAGGUUCUGUUGAUCAGAAACUAUCAUUCGAUGCAGUUGUGUUAGCAGUUGGGCACUCAGCUCGUGACACAUACAGUAUGCUUCUUAGGCAUAAUGUAGAUAUAACCCCCAAGAAUUUUUCUGUUGGCUUAAGAAUCGAACACCCCCAAGAACUGAUAAACAACAUCCAAUAUUCUGAAUUGGCUGCUGAAGUACAUAAAGGGCGUGGGCGGAUACCUGUAGCAGAUUACAAGAUAGUGAAGUCUAUUGGUGAAGGAGAUGUGAAGAAUGAUAUAGAGCAAGUAGAUCAAAAUCGCAGCUGUUAUUCGUUUUGCAUGUGUCCUGGAGGACAGGUUGUUCUAACUAGCACAAACCCAUUGGAAUUGUGUGUCAAUGGUAUGUCAUUCUCACGGCGAGCGUCUAAGUGGGCAAACUCAGCUCUUGUGGUCACUGUAUCGUCUCAUGAUUUUGAACCAUUUCAAUCCCAUGGUUCUCUUGCGGGCGUAGAGUUCCAGAGAGAGUAUGAAAGAAGAGCAGCUAUGAUGGGGGGAGGGAAUUUUGUUGUCCCUGCACAGUGUGUCACAGAUUUUAUCAGUAACAAACUGUCAGUUACAACUCUCCCACCAUCAAGCUAUAGGUUGGGGGUUCGUCCAUCCAAACUCCAUGAGUUAUUCCCUCCUUACUUAACUGAAGCUUUGCAACAAUCAAUAAUGAUGAUUGACAAAGAGAUGCCAGGCUUUAUUUCUAGUGAGGCCUUACUUCAUGGUGUAGAGACUAGAACGAGCUCCCCCUUGCAAAUUUCACGACACAAGGAGACAUACGAGAGCACGUCACUGCAAGGGCUAUAUCCAAUUGGGGAAGGUGCUGGCUACGCAGGGGGCAUAGUAAGUGCUGCUGUGGAUGGUAUGUAUUGCGGUUUUGCUUUAGCGAAACAGCUUUCUCUGUUCGCUGGUGAUAUAGAGGCAAUUUUCGGCAAAGCACAAAAGCAAACAGGUUCUGUAAAAUAUUGA